CAUCCCUCUUCGUCUCGUAUCGACCUCUUUCCUUCCUCUCUUCCUCAUCUUCCUCUCCUCUCUCGUCUCCUCACCCCCCGCCCCACCCGCGAACCGAUUCCUCAACGCGCACGUGCGCAGCAGCAGCGGCGGAGUCGGGCGAGCUCCGUGGUGUUGCUUCUCGCUCAACCCGCACGCUAGGACGUCUAGGGUUCGUGCCUUCCUCCUCCGUAUGGCUUGCGCCGCCGCGGAAACCCUCGCCUCGUUCCCAAUCGCAUCCCCGUCCCGCUCGCUCCUACGCCCCUUCCCCCAGCGACCAGCCGCCGCCGCCGCUGCCGCCGGGAGAGGCGCAGCGUCGAUCCGGAUAUCCGCCGUGCCGCCGCGGGGCCUCGGGCUCGCGCUCGUGCACCGCCGCGUGCGCCGCUGCCCGCCAGCGGCGCGCGCGAAUGUCGAGCGCGACGGCGACGGCGCCUCCGGCAACGGCGAGCCGUCGUCCUCGUCCGGGGAUGGCGGCGACCGCGACGCGGCUGCGGAGUCCGGGGGCGAUACCACCAGCACGAGCACCACGAGCGCGGCCGCGACGCCGCCGCCGCCCUCGUCGAAGAGGGGCGAAAAUAAGUGGCGGCGGAGGCUGAUUAAGGGAGGCGGCGGCGUCGGGCGGUGGCUAUGGGAGCCCAUAGUCCAGGGGCGGGAGAUGGGCUUCCUCCUGCUCCAGCUCGGCUUCGCCAUAUUUGCUCUACGCAUGCUUCGGCCAGAGAUCGCGUUGCCUGGUUCAGAGCCCCGCCCGCAGACCACCUACGUCAGUGUACCAUACAGCGACUUCCUGGCGAGCAUAGACAAGGACCAGGUGAAGAAGGUUGAGGUGGACGGGGUGCACAUCAUGUUCCGGCUCCGCCCAGAGGUUGAGUCCCAGGUCCGUGUGGUGCAGACACCAACACAGCGCGGAGCAGAUGCUGUGGUUGAUAACACUGGAGCUUCAAGGAGAAUUGUAUUCACGACGACUCGUCCAGUGGACAUAAAGACACCGUACGAGAAGAUGGUGGAAAACAUGGUUGAAUUUGGGUCACCAGACAAGAGGUCCGGCGGCAUGCUCAAUUCUGCCCUGGUAGCUCUUAUUUAUGUUGUAUUGAUUGCAGUAGUUUUGCAGCGGUUGCCAAUAAGCUUUUCUCAGAAUUCAGCCGGUCAGUUGAGGAAUAGGAAGAAUUCAAAUUCUGGUGGCACAAAAGUUUCCGAAAGUACAGAUAUAGUUACAUUUGCUGAUGUGGCUGGAGUAGAUGAGGCAAAAGAAGAGCUGGAAGAAAUCGUGGAGUUCUUAAGGAACCCAGACAGAUAUAUUCGUCUUGGUGCUCGCCCUCCUCGUGGUGUCUUAUUGGUGGGUCUUCCAGGGACUGGAAAGACACUUCUUGCAAAAGCCGUAGCAGGAGAAGCAGAAGUCCCAUUCAUAAGUUGCUCUGCUAGUGAAUUUGUUGAGCUGUAUGUAGGCAUGGGCGCAGCUCGAGUACGUGACCUAUUUGCUAGGGCCAAAAAGGAAUCACCUUCAAUUAUUUUUAUCGAUGAGAUUGAUGCCGUUGCAAAAAGCCGUGAUGGUCGAUAUCGCAUUGUCAGUAAUGAUGAACGUGAGCAGACACUAAACCAAUUGCUCACGGAAAUGGAUGGCUUUGACACCAACUCGGCUGUCAUUGUACUGGGGGCAACAAAUCGAGCUGAUGUUUUGGAUCCUGCCCUUAGGCGCCCUGGGAGAUUUGACCGUGUAGUUAUGGUUGAAGCUCCUGAUAGGUUUGGGAGAGAAUCAAUUCUAAAAGUUCAUGUGAACAGAAGAGAGCUUCCACUGAGUAAAGAUGUAAAUCUAGCUGAUAUUGCUGCAAUGACAACUGGUUUUACUGGAGCAGACCUUGCAAACUUGGUAAAUGAAGCUGCUUUGUUGGCUGGGCGGUUAAAUAAAGAAAUGGUGGAAAAGAUUGACUUCAUCCGUGCGGUUGAGCGAUCUAUAGCAGGGAUAGAGAAAAAACAUGCUAAAUUGAAGGGUAAUGAAAAAGCUGUUGUUGCACGGCAUGAAGUUGGUCAUGCACUUGUGGGGACUGCCGUAGCAAACCUUCUUCCUGGACAGCCACGUGUGGAGAAAUUGAGUAUAUUGCCAAGAUCAGGAGGUGCAUUAGGCUUCACGUACACCCCUCCCACCACAGAGGAUAGAUAUUUACUCUUUGUUGAUGAACUACGUGGCCGUUUAGUAACACUUCUUGGUGGGAGGGCAGCAGAGGAAGUUGUUUUAGGAGGACGGGUUUCCACUGGUGCACUUGAUGACAUAAGACGUGCUACUGACAUGGCCUACAAAGCUGUAGCAGAAUAUGGUCUUAAUCAGCGCAUCGGGCCAAUAUCACUUGCUACACUGUCAAAUGGUGGGUUAGAUGACUCUGGUGGCUCUCCAUGGGGAAGAGAUCAGGGCCAUCUAGUUGAUCUUGUUCAGAGGGAAGUAAAAGUGCUUUUACAGUCGUCACUGGAAGUAGCUCUUUCAGUUAUCCGUGCUAAUCCUGCAGUUCUAGAAGGCCUCGGGGCAUAUUUAGAAGAGAACGAAAAGGUUGAAGGCGAGGAGCUUCAAGAGUGGCUAAAGUCGGUUGUUGCACCAAAAGAGUUGACCUCUUUUAUCAGAGGACAGCAAGAGCAAGUUCUUCAGCUGGAAGCAAGCUCCUAGCAUCAGGAGUAAACAUUGGAAUUAAAGUUAAUUACAUAACAAAACUAGCUCAACAAUUAGAACAUACCAUGCGAGUUCCAAGAUAUGCAAUGGAAACCUUCAUACUGGGAACAGACCUGUGGCCAUGUGGUGGGUUGUUUGACCUCCCACCCACUCGUGCUAAGACAAACUGGGUCUGGUAAGAUAAACUGGGUCGGACACCCACACUUCGGUGAAUCACGAGUUCGAGCCAGGAGAGUUUUCAGAAAAGGAAAUCGACAUGCCCGAGUGAUGAUGUAAAUAUCUAUCAUUGCAGUUCCUGGACCCUUGACUACAGAAAAGAAAAAAAAAAGGAAUCCAGAGAUGAUUCAUAUUGAGCUGUAACAUUGUAACAUCAACCUCAGGAAUAUUUAAGUGAUUCAGUUUCACAUGUUGUUCAUAGAUUAAGUCGGUGUUACACAUGUAAAAGAUUCUUUUUUCUCCCUAGGUUCUUGUCCUCUCGCUAUUGGAAGUUAUUUUUCUCCUCUAUUUACAAUACAAUCCUAGAAAUGAUCAAUAGGAUAAUGCUUAUACGGACUAUGGUUCCUGUAUUGAUAUACUUUUUGCAAUAUACAUUGGGCUUCGAAUCCA